CAGCCGCGGAAAGGACGACUUGCAUAUUUUUACGUGAUCUAUGUAUUUUUGUAAUAUUCUGAUAAGAUUGGCCACACAGCUCCACUGAUUGAUAAGUUUUCAACCUGUAGAAGUGUAGAAUCUCUUCAAUCGACAGAAAAAUGGAGAGAAACAAGAAGCGUUUGAUGCGAGUGAAAUUUGUCUCGUCUAAAGACUGUUUCUUGCAUGUAAACUCAACAAUUUUGAACUCGAUGCAAGGAAAGAUUUUUGAAGUGCUGGAUGAAAAUGGAAAAACGUGUCUUGGCUUCAGCUCGUGCUUCACGUCAUCACUAAACAGCCUGAAAGAUGAUGAAGUGGGAAUUUCACAAAAAUUUGCAAAAGCCCUCCAUGCUCUGAACAACUCGAUUGUAUCGUUGAGAGAGUUUGAUCAACUCAUUCCUAAAUCAAGCCAAGUGAUUUUCACAACCUCAGAUGCUGAUUACUCGAUUCUCGCAAUGAAUGCGUCAACUGUUGAGUAUGUUUUAUUGGACCAAACAAGAGUGAUGAAGAAAGGACAGAGCGUUGCUAUUUGGAUUUCUCCCAUGAUCACCAUAAACCUCACUGCUGAUAAAAUUGUACCCGAAUCGACCAUAGCAUUUUUGACCAAUGAGACUGAAGUUCACGUUUUGCCUGCCUCUGACGCAUCGCCAAUUUCCUCUGAAAAAAGUUUUGCUCAUCAGCAAACUACAAAUGACCAGCAGAAGAACUUAAUUUGCAGAGUUAUAUUUUCUGAGAAACCCCAUCCCUCACCUUUUGUGGCAAAAAUUCAUCCUUGUGCUCGACCAAAUUUUUUAUUUGCGCUUGGAAAAAUUUUGAGUGUUGACCUCUCUCUGACACUGCAGCUUUUUGCGGAUCCAGACAUCUACCCGAGCCAUGACUUUCUAUCAAAUCUACCGAUUUUAUAUCUUGACAAACGAGUAAGAGGCCAGUGCAAAGUAUUUGAUGGAUGCAAAAUUUAUAUCGAACCUCUUGAAAUUGUGCGAAAUAGUGAAUUUAUUGUACAAACCUCUGAAAUUGUAACAACAGAGGAAGUGAAAAAUUGCAUGAAGUCCUUAGCAGACACAUUGAAUAGGGAAUUAUUAAUUGUAAACCAAGCAGUUUUUGGCCUGAAAGACAAAUUGAGUGCCAAAUUUGAACUCAAGACUCCUUUCACAAUACUGUCCUCAACCAGUUUGGAAACUUGCAACAUUGCUGUGGCACCUGAGAUGAUGCAAAUCAAACCAGAAAUUCACAUCGAAAAGAGAAAACAAGAAGAAAUGUUAAAUUUCAGUUCUUGGUCUCCGCUUUUCCACAAAUUAAAAGAAAGUCUUUUGGCAAAUACCAAAACACACUCUCGAGCUCCACUGGUAGUUUUGAAAGGGAAACCAGGAUGUGGAGUGGGAGAGUUUCUUCAUCAGUUUAUCAGACAAAUGUCUUCAGCACCCAUGAAGAUGCACGACCUAGCUUUAGACUGCAAGGCAUUCAAAGGAAAAACUAUGGACACGUUAAAGAGCAAACUUAGUGAUUUGUUUGUGGAGGCUGCCAAACAUGAUCCCUGCAUAGUUAUUUUUGAAAAUAUUGAUCAAUUUUUCCCUCCGCAAGCCAGCGAGCUUAACGAGUCCCCAGACUCUUCUUAUAGGCUGGGUGUUAUUCAAUUUAUUUGGAAUAUGAGCCACUCGUUUAGUGCUCGUCAUGGCUGCUUUGUCAUAACUACUGUAUCUGAUCAAGAUGUUAAAAUUUGGGAUGACAAAACUAUUCCAGUUGAUGUUUUCUGUGUUCCUGACCUCACAUUGGAAGAUAAAGUACAACUCCUAAGGCAGUGUCUUCAAAAGCUGGAUGCAGAUUGGACUGAAGAUUUGAAAGCAAGUUGCUCUCAAAUUUUAGAAAUUUGUAGUUAUCAAGAUGUCUGUGAUAUUGCUGUUCGCGCUGUUUUUGAAAAACUAAAAUCGAUCGCUGGAGGUGCAAGAUAUUCUUUGACAACAUUGGACUUAUCAAGCGCUAGAAACUACCUCACGUCUCAGAGUCUAAAAGAAUUCAAUUUACUUCGAAUUGAAGAUUCCAAUAAUUCCGCAGACGGCUUCGAUAGGUGGUCAAAAGUUGGAGGACUCAUUGGUGUGAAAGAAAAGCUGACAGAAAUGAUUUUUUGGCCAUUCAACUUCCCGCAUCUAUUUAUGAGCAACCCUUUGAAACUUCAAAAGGGUGCACUUUUGUAUGGAAUGCCAGGGACGGGCAAAACGUUGAUUGCGGUUGAAUUGGCCAAAUCAAGUGGGAUGAAUUUGAUACAUAUCAAGGGACCAGAAUUACUGAACAAAUUUAUUGGCGCCAGCGAAGAAGCUGUCAGGAAUUUAUUUUACAAGGCUUCAGCAGCAAAGCCUUGCAUAUUGUUUUUCGAUGAAAUCGACAGUUUGGCUCCCAGGAGGGGCAGAGACACGACAGGAGUAUCUGAUAGAGUGGUAAAUCAACUGCUGACUUCCCUUGAUGGGGUAGAUUCGCCCGUAGAGGCCGGUGUGUGGGUGUUGGCGGCCAGCAGCAGGCCGGAUUUGAUAGAUCGCGCUCUUUUGCGUCCUGGUCGAUUUGAUACAAUGCUGUACUGCAAUCUACCAACUUUGGACGAGAGACGCGAAAUUUUAAGAAUAUUGUCCAGUGGGCUGGAAAUUUCAUGUGACACCAAUUUAAAUAAGCUGGCGGAAAUGACUGAUGGUUUUUGUGGAGCAGACAUUCAAGCCCUACUACAAACAGCACAGCUAGCCGCUUUGGAAGAGUUUGUGGAUGUUUUUUCAAAUGAGAUGUGCAACAAAGUCGAAGAGCAAGAAUUUAUAGUGAGCUGGAAGCACAUGACGCAUGCCUUGGAAAAAACAAGGCCUUCGCUAACUAAGAAAGAGAGGACGCGCUACGAGCUUAUAUAUAGGGAGUAUGAGCAGUCCAUGAAACCCAUAGGCAGAGGGAAAAGAGCCCCAAUUAAACAGAGGACGGUCCUGGCCUGAUUCUGAUGCGAUUUUUCGGUGAGGGAGGAUGAUGCAGCCGAGCAGCAGGUCGGCCGAGGCCCUUUUCCAGCAGCAGCCCCGCUCGCCCCCUGACCACUGCCACCUGGUGUCCGUGGACUCGCCAGGGUCGCGAGACCAGGGUGCGUCCAACACGCACAUC